AUGAGUAAUAUAUUUUUCACCAAUGAACGACAAAUGCCAAUUUCCUAUCUCGAUCAUAUCCAAUCUAUCUGCUUGUUAGGCUUUGUUUUCGGUGAUCCAAUAGUAACACAGAUGUUAGAUGUUCGAACAAGAAUCCAAGAGCGUCUUGAUACACAUCAGAUAAAAAUUGCGGUGUUCCUAAUUCUCGUAGUCGAUCUCCACUUUCCACCUCAAAUCCAAUUGACAAUUGAUCAAGGUUUUCAAAUGAUUAAUCAACAUUUGGAUACAUUGAAUCCAUAUGUACCUUUAGGAUACUCUAAAACAGAUCGAGCAGAUGAAUCAAUCGAUCAAUUUCCUAUCGUUUUCUUCAUAUGUUUACUCAUGCUCAACUAUUAG